ACAUAUAUAAAUCAUAUGUAUAUAUCUGUGCUCCUUAUCUUGCCAGUUGAUUUGAUUCUUUUUUUUUUUUCCCUUAUCUUAAAACAUUACCAGGAUAUUGGAGGAUGUGACAUUCAGAAGCAGGAAAUACGUGAAGCAGUGGAGUUGCCUUUGACUCACCAUGAGCUGUACAAGCAAAUUGGUAUAGAUCCUCCCCGUGGUGUCUUGCUCUAUGGUCCACCAGGUACUGGAAAAACCAUGCUUGCUAAGGCUGUUGCUAAUCAUACAACUGCAGCUUUUAUAAGGGUUGUGGGCUCAGAAUUUGUACAGAAGUACUUGGGUGAGGGUCCUCGUAUGGUUCGUGAUGUUUUCCGCCUUGCCAAAGAAAAUGCCCCAGCGAUCAUUUUUAUCGAUGAGGUAGAUGCAAUUGCCACUGCUAGGUUUGAUGCUCAGACCGGAGCUGAUAGAGAAGUUCAGCGUAUUCUAAUGGAGUUACUAAAUCAGAUGGAUGGGUUUGACCAGACAGUUAAUGUGAAAGUUAUAAUGGCAACUAAUCGAGCAGAUACAUUGGACCCUGCUCUUUUGCGUCCUGGAAGGCUUGACCGAAAGAUUGAAUUUCCAUUGCCAGAUAGACGUCAAAAGAGGCUUGUGUUUCAGGUGUGUACUGCAAAAAUGAAUUUAGGUGACGAGGUAGACUUGGAGGACUAUGUUUCUCGGCCAGAUAAGAUUAGCGCUGCUGAGAUUGCUGCGAUUUGUCAAGAAGCAGGAAUGCAUGCAGUGCGAAAGAACCGUUAUGUGAUUCUCCCCAAGGACUUCGAGAAGGGGUAUAGGACAAAUGUUAAGAAGCCUGAUACUGAGUUUGAGUUCUACAAGUAAAAUGCAGAAAUAGCUGGGAAGUAUGAAGAAAAUUAACUUGUUAGUCACGUAAACGUACUUGUUUUCAAUGUAGUAUAACAACCUCUUAACUUUUACAGUGUGUUCAUAUGCAGAUGGUUUUAAAUUUUAACUGGCACUGUUAUUUGGUUUAGAGUUUAUGCUUCGUCAAGGCCGAUUUGAGGACCUUGUGUACUCUUUUUCUAAAAAAUAAAAAAUAAAAAAUUGGACGAGAGAAA